AUGGAUGAAACAAAAGACGAUCAAGAUGGUGUAUUUAAAAAAGCGCUGGAAGAAGCUAAGGUGAAUUUGGAUGUGAUAAUAAAAGAGGAGAUAGGAGAGUUUGGGCGGUACCAGAAAAUGGCUUUGGGGCUGUGUAUGAUCGUGGCGCUGCUUAGUGGGUACAGUGGAAAUGAGUAUGUAUUCACUGCUGCGAGGAUCUCGACUAGAUGCCUGAUACCCGAAUGCGAGACCGGAGAUUUUUCACCGUCCUGGCUAUCUUUAGCCAUACCCAAUGACGGUGGUGCGUUCGACAAUUGUAGAAGAUUCAACUCUUCUGGACUUUCCUGCACGGCUGACAAUUUCUAUCGAGAUGAGAUCGUGCGGUGCGAGAAGUAUGUUUAUGAGAAAACUGACACUGUUGUCUAUGAGUUCAACCUAGCAUGCCAAGAAUGGCGUCGCUCGCUCAUCGGUUCAGCCAGCACUUUCGGCAAGAUGCUAGCCCUGCCAUUGACUGGCAUCUUCGCUGACAGAUAUGGCCGACGUACAGCCCUCGCCCUGAACGCCUUCAACUGUGCCUGGAUUGGCACGGCGAGGUCUUUCACGCAGUCUUAUGGGAGUUUCAUCGCCCUGGAGUAUUUGGAAGCUGCGUUUGGGGCAGCGGCUUUUUCUUGCGGUUACACUAUUGUGAUGGAGUUUGUGGGGCCGAAGUAUAGAGUUACGGCCGGUGCGGCGAUGUCUACUUUCUACGCGACGGGGUUGAUAAUGCAGGCCCUUAUGGCGUGGGCCAUUCCUUACUGGAGACACUUGACUUUAGCCUUAUUUAUACCGCAGCUGGUCACUGUUGUUUAUUUCUGGAUUAUGCCAGAAUCAGUCCGAUGGUAUCUGAGCAAAGGCCGUUAUACAGAAGCUGAAUCACAGUUAAAGAAAGCAGCUAAAAUGAAUCGUAAAUUGCUUUCUGAAGCAUCGAUAGCUAAACUGAGAGAGAGCUCAGAAGAAGAAAGAAAGAUAAAAGAAUUUAAGAAGGUACAGAAAGUAAAGGAUCCUUGGCUAGUGACGCUUGUAUUCGAACAUAAACCGGUACUUCUUCGCUGUAUUAUCACACCAGUAUGGUGGAUCACGACGACUUUAGUAUAUUACGGGUUGUCGAUGAAUGCUGUGACCAUGUCAGGGAAUAAAUACAUAAACUAUAUAGCGGUGGGGGCGGUGGAAAUACCAGGGUAUUGGACGGCUGUGCUCCUUGAUAGGAUUGGCAGGAAGCCGUUACUCUGCUGCGCUUUCUGGAUGUGUGCGGCGUGUCAAAUUGGAUUUAUUUUUAUGACUAAAGAUUACUACGAGCUAUCCUUAGCAGUGUACCUGAUGGGAAAGUACAGCAUCUCAAUAGUCGUAACCUGCGUGUACGUCUAUACGAACGAGCUGUUUCCCACGCAGUAUCGAGGCAGCUUGUUCUCCUUUGCUUCCAUGGUUGGCAGGAUUGGUGCUAUCUCAGCACCCCUCACUCCGGCUUUGGGUACGAUGGUGUGGAAGCAUCUCCCUUUCGUGUUGUUCGGGAGUUUUGCAGCACUAUCAGGCUUCCUGGUGCUACUGGCUCCAGAGACCAAAGGCACCACGCUACCGGACACCAUGCAGCAGGCUGCAGACCUUGGCAGAUCAAAAUCUUCUGAGAGCUAA